AUGGUUCGGAAGGCCAGGGGAGGAUGGCGGAUGUGUCAGGACUAUACCGACCUGAAUAAGGCUUGUCCGAAGGACAGUUUCCCCUUACCGAGGAUCGACCAGCUCGUCGAUGCCACCGCCGAGCAUGAGUUGCUCAGCUUCAUGGACGCAUAUUCAGGAUAUAACCAGAUCUUCAUGAACCCUGCCGAUAGAGAACAUACGGCAUUCAUCACGGAUCGCGGUUUGUACUGUUACAAUGUCAUGCCCUUCGGCCUCAAGAACGCGGGGGCAACUUACCAACGGUUCGUCAACUGGAUUUUUGCCAAAUACAUCGGCGGCAUCAUGGAGGUGUAUGUCGAUGAUAUAUUGGUAAAAAGCCGAACGGCAGGGGAUCACCUGGAAAAUUUGGCCCUCAUGUUUGGCAUUUUAAAGGACUACCGAAUGAGGCUGAACCUGGCGAAGUGCGCCUUCGGUGUAUCUUCCGGUAAAUUUCUCGGGUUCAUGAUCAGUCAAAGGGAAAUCGAGGCCAAUCCCGAGAAAAUCAAAGCCAUAAUCGACAUGGAGACGCCGAAGACGCAGAAGGACAUUCAGAGCCUUACCGGACGUGUCGCUGCCCUGACACGCUUCAUCUCCAAGGCUACCGACAAAUGCGUACCGUUCUUCAAAGCUUUGAAAGGGGGCAAACAUCAUAUCGCAUAG